AUGGGCUGGAGAGGCAACGCAGCGCUCGCGGCCUUCGCGGCCUACUGCGUCUACACCGCGUGGGAUUUGUACAGAGCCACUUCGGCUCCUGUGGCGGAGGGCAGGGUCUCGCGAUCUCUGCAGGGGCUGGCGAAGCCUGAUCUGCAGCAGAUCCCCGAUGUGCUCGUCAACAAAAUAGAUGCCGGCUCUCUGCUUACCUACGACAUUGUGCUUUCGCCGUACCCAGCGCUGCCGCCGCUGGAGCGGCUGCGGCAGCACCUCGUGUGGUCGCUGCAGGAGAAGAAGACGCUGCCGGAGGAGUUCAGCUUGGCGGGCUCGGCGCGGCUGAAGCCCUACGCGUUUGAAGAAGACGAAGACGAGGCUGCAGCUGAUGAGGCUGAGGCUGGGGCUGAGACCACGGCUGGGGCUGCGGCCGAGGGUGGGGCGCAGCGGCGGGCCAGUGGGGCGGCAGCCGCGGGGGAGGCAGAGCCCAAACAAGAGGCUCUGGGGGAGGCAUUUUGGAAAUAUUUCAAGAAGGCAGGCCGCCUGUGGAAGGCCUGGAGGAAUUACCUCGACGUUUCCGCCGGAAACGUCGCUACGCUCACUGCCACAAUUCCCCCCAACUAUAGACACGGAAACCGGACCCUUUACCUGCACGUGUAUGUUUCGGAUGAAGAAGGCAAUGAGCUGCCCAUACAUCAAGUUCGCCGCCUCACAACGCACAUGGUGCCCGAAAAGCACAAAGUAAUUAAGAGGUACCUACUCAAAGACCCCACAGGCCGAGCUCUAGAGGAGAAGCUUCAGGGGCUGCAGGUGCCGGGUCCAGCACUGCAGUGCAUUCCCGAAUUCGUGAUGAUUGGGCCUGUGGUGGAGAAUCGGCCACUGCACCUGCCGACCCUGCAGAAGAAGCUGGGCGCCAACUGGCCCUUUGUUGAUCUCGAUGCAAAGACCUACAUUUUGCCGCCCUACGUGAGUGCCGACAUUUCGCCCCAGGACGAACACCGGCCCCUGGAAUCGUCCCCAUUGGAUUCGUUGCAGCCAGAUGCAGAAGAAGAGACUGACCCCCAAAAGCCUCUCCAAGUCAACAUCAUGUACCAGCCAGUGGGCUUCGCCUACUGGUUCUUGCAGCAGAUGUUGGCUAGCAGCUUCGCGCUGCUGGAGGACAAGUUGGGCCUGGAUGCCUACGACAUGAACUCGCUCAAGAUGACAGCUGCAGCAGCAGCAAAGAAAAAUUCAUUUGCCAUUCUGGUUUUCAUCUUCUUCUUCUCCCUCGCCCACUGCUUCCUGGAGCUCAUGGCCCUGCAGGCGGAUUUUUCCUUCUGGAGAAAGCAAAGAGACCCCAGUGGAUACUUUUCGCUACGAACUUUGGCGUACGAGGUGCUGACAGAAGUGGUGGUGGCUCUAUACCUUCACGAGAACGAAUCUCGCCUUCCCCUUUUUUUCGUUUGCCUCCAUAUCCUCCUAAACCUCUGGAAAAUGCUCAAAUUCGUUCGGGUGUCGGUGCAGCUGCAGUAUCCGUUCGUAAUUAUUCGGAAGAAGGGGGCGGCUGAUGCCACCAAAGACACGCAAGCAGAAGGGCCCCAAACUCCAAUUCUUGAUGACAAGACACGGCAGGGCGCUGAGGCUUUCGAAGCCAAGUGCAUGCAGAAUUUGUUUUACUUCUUUGUGGUUCCUCUUAUCGUUGGAGUGGGUGGCUACCAGUUGGUGUACGUUCCUCAAAAGGGCUGGUGGUCAUGGUUCAUAACAAGCGCAGCAGUUUGCUGCUACGGUCUGGGCUUUGUGGCAAUGACCCCCCAGUUGUUUCGCAACUACUAUUUAAAAUCCGUUGAGUACAUGCCUUGGCGCGUCCUCUGCUGCCAGUUUGUGAACACCUUUGUGGAUGAUGUCGCAGCUUAUGUUAUUCGCAUGCCGAAGAUGCACAGGAUGAGCGUCUUCCGUGACGACGUGGUAUUCAUAAUAAUGUUGUAUCAGCGCUGGCUCUACAGAAAGAAGCGCGCUCCUGAGAAUGCGGAAGGCCAGGAUAUGAAAAAAAUCAAUUAA